UCAUCAGAUGAGAUAUACCACGUGUUAUACCGCAGUUAUAGUGAAUAGUCUGUUCGGAGUGUAUUUUGUGCUCGUUAUAUAAACUGAUGUGUUGUGAAGAACAGAUUUGCGAGCUGGAUGCGUCCCUCAACUCUAUUGGACUCUCGACAUACGAGCAACCAACGUGUAAUGGAUGUACUUGCUGUGGUGGCCGUGGUACGCAAAAGGCGCCUCCAGUUGGGGCCGGGGCAGAUGUAGUGUUUUGCGAUGUUAGUGAUUCCGUCAUCAUGAGGGCCUGCUCGUAUGUGAAUUACUAUGUUCUGUGCCUCGUCUGCUGGAUUUUACUAGGCAUCACGGGGGUCAGUACGAGAUCGCACUCGCUGGUGAAGAGGCUCAACGGACUCUACACCGGUCCCUACUUCGACACAAGUAGUCCCCAAAACAUCACGGCGCAGCUUGGAACCCACGCCUACCUACCCUGCAAAGUCCGGCAGUUGGGUAACAAAUCGGUGUCGUGGAUCAGGAAGCGAGAUGCUCACAUCCUAACGGUGGACAGAUAUACCUUCAUCGCUGACGAACGGUUCCAGGCGUUCUAUUUGGACGGCCAAGAUACGUGGACCCUCCAGGUGAAGUAUGUCCAGCCCCGGGACGCUGGCGAAUACGAAUGCCAAGUCUCCACUGAGCCGAAGAUGAGCUACUUUAUCAAGCUAAACGUUGUCGUUCCAAAAAUCGAGAUCAUGGGAGACCGCGAUAUUUACGUCAAGACCGGAAGCACAGUCACCCUGCGGUGCGUGAUAAAGCAGUCGUUGGAGGAACCUUCCUACGUGUUUUGGUACCACGAGAGCGGUCGCGUGCUCAUAUACCAGCAGGGUAAGCUGGAAAUGAGGAAGGAACGAGUCGACAGUGACACCGUCAGCAGCCUCAUCAUACAUACCGCGAGGCGUGAGGAUUCCGGCAAUUACACUUGCAGCCCAAGUAAUUUGGAUAGUGCCAGUGUACAACUCCACGUUCUUAACGGGGAGCAUCCUGCCGCCAUUCAAAGAGGCAUUAGUUCUGCCCCAGGAGGCAGGGGGGCACUUUGGUGGCUAGGAGGCGCGGUAACUCUAUCCUCGAGCCACGGGGAACGCACCUUUAUUCUUGCCAUCCUCGUUUCUCUGGCCGUCUUUGUCCAAACCCUACAUUCCUACAGUGGUUCGCUGCGAUAAUCGAUAAGCGUGCAGAGAGGCUACUACGCGACAACGUUCCAGCACCUCCCUAAAACAGCAGCUGCUUACAUACCAACAUUCCAUCCUCCGCAAUUCAGAGAUUGCUAGAUGAUUGCGCAGACUCGUUUCAGAGUUUUUUGUAUGUCGCAUAAGAGAGCAAGCGAAAGAGAGAGAAAGACGGAGAGAAUGAGAGAGAGAGAGAGAGAGAGAGAGAGAGAAUAUAUUCGAUGCGUGUUUGUUGUUUCAUAGUCAAGUAGGUAAUGAAAAUUCGUUUUCGGUCCAGACCACCGAAUACAUGAUAUUGAAUGUCGAAAAGUGUUGGGAAGAUGUAAGGGUGAUUUAGAAAAUUUGAAAAAUAAGCACUCUUAGGUGAAGAAAUCAAUUUUCGUAUACAAUCAACGAGUGGCUCUGCGACUCAUCCAGCAAAUUGAUAUGUAACACAAAAGUUCCCUCGCAACCACAAGAAAUAUGUACAUCGU